CCCACUUCAACCCGCAUCAACCCGCAUCAACCCGCAUCAACCCGCAUCAACCCACACGGCCAUGCUCGUCAGCCUGCGCCGGAUCUGCCUCCGCGGGUCCUCAAAUGCCCCCGUCCUUCCUUGCAUGUCCCUCCGGAUGCCCGCCAGUGCUCGGCAUCUCGGCGGCCCACAUCGCCCAUCUUGGGUCGACUCUCGACCACCACUGCUCGAGCAGCACGCCCAGCAGGCGGUUUCUGGCCUGCGCUUGUUCUCCACAUGCCCUGUCCGUGCCUCACGAUCAUCGACAACGUAUACGUUCUCGACAAAAUAUCCCCGUAGGGCAGCAAAGCCAAAGACCAAGAAGCCCUCGUCCAAAGGACGACCCAGGCGGUUCUCGCAGCCCAGCGGCGCCAGGAAGCCGUCGCAAAGCCCUGGCUCGCUGCGGAACGUCCCCGGCCUGGUGCUUCCUCGCAAGCUGCAGCUCGAUCCCCACAUCGGCACCAAGCGGAACACCAACCACCAGUCUACCCAGGAUCUCCGGCGGCCAAAGAGCAAGAAGCCGAUGACAGGAUCUGGGACCAGACCACCGGCCCCUUCUCCCGCGCAAAAGACAGCCAGAGCCCUGAGUCUCGAGAAGCGCCGACUGGUCAUCCAGGAGUCGAUCAAAAAACACAAUCAAAAGUUUGCCCUCGAGCCCAACGAGUACUCGGAAAAGUCGGUGCAGGAUCUGAAGCUCGAGCUCAACGGCAUUCGCUUCGAGACCCUGGGGCUGCUCCCCGAGACCCUUGAGGCCGUCUCCAAGGGCCUCGGGUACCGCCGCCCAACCGAGAUCCAGGCCCUGACCAUCCCCAAGAUCCUUGCCCGCGAGCAAGACAUUCUGAUAGCAGCCGAAACCGGCACCGGCAAGACAGCUGCCUAUCUGAUCCCCAUCAUGAACAACGCCAAGCUCAUCGAGACUGAGCGGAUCCAGCGGGCCACCCGGAGCGGCAUCGACAGCUCAGCGCCAGCAGCCGUCUUUGGAGUCCAGGCCGACGGCACUCCGAUCGCCACAACGACAAAAUACAAGCCGCCGCUGCGGGCACCUCUGGCCUUGGUCAUUGUGCCUUCGCGCGAGCUCGUCGACCAGGUCACCUCGGUCGCCAAGCGAAUCACGCAUCAUCUGAAGCUCCGGGUGGUGGGCAUGCACUCCAAAACCCGAGCGGCAAUCAUCCAGACCAAGCUGCAGUCACCGGUCGACGUGCUUGUGGCGACACCCUCGCUUGUCGAGCGGCUCGUCGAGGAGUCGCAGCUGUCGCUUAGAUACGUCGCCAACGUCGUCGUCGACGAGGCCGACACCCUCUUUGACCAGGAGUUUGGAGCACAGCUCCGCAAGAUCGUCACGCUGAUCAAGGAUGCCGCCGCCAAGCAGACGACGUCGUCGCUGCCCGAGAUACCUUGUCGCUUCACCUUUGUGACUGCAACGCUGCCUCGCACCGUCACACUCGCCCUGAGCACCCACUUCCCCAACACCCUGCGCCUGACGACGCCGUCGCUCCACAAGACCCUGAAGCGGUGCUCGCAGCAGUUCCUCUACAUCGACGGCUCCACCACCAAAAACCUGAUGCUGCUGGACGUCCUGAAGCGCUCCUCCGGCGAUCAGCGCAUCAUCAUCUUUUGCAACACCCGCAAGUCGUGCGAGGCCGUUGGGCAGUUCCUGCGGUCCAAGGGCCUCAAUGCCCACAACAUCUCGGCCGAGAUGGAGGUCGACGAGCGCAAGCGCAUCCUGCGCGAGUUCACCGACAAGAGCCAGAUCCUCUCCGUCGACAACCAGUUUGAGCAGGAGUUUGUCCGCAACCAGAUGAUCCUCGUUUCGACCGACCUGACCUCGCGCGGCCUCGACACGAUGCUGGUCUCGCAUGUGGUGCUCUACGACUUCCCUCAAACGGCGAUCGACUAUCUGCAUCGGGUCGGCCGCACGGCCCGUAACGGCGGUCGCGGCCGGGCAACAGCCAUUAUCUCCAAGAAGGAGGCCCGCCUGGCCAAGAACAUCGAAGCUGCCGUCAAGAACCACUCGGUGUUGGCUUGAUCAAGCGAUUUGGCAGCUGUCAGACGGAAGGGCGCUGGGCUACGGCAUCGGGCGAUGGUGCUGCGUCAUCAUUUCACACGACCGCGAGGCUCAUGUACGAUGCAAAUGCACUCCGCGGCCGCUUGCUUGCUUUGAGGCCCGGCUGCUGCAGAGGCGCCCGCGGAACGUUGCCGGCUCGCUGCUGCUUCGGUGCUGGUGAGACAACACAUUAGACAGAUUCCUGAGGCAAACACAGAGCUCACGAUGAAGCCGGGCACGAUGCUUUGACUGAAUAGGAAUACACACGCAUCCAUCAUAGGCAACCAC